AUGGCGACUGCUAAUGCUUCGGGUAAUCGGAUGCCAAUAAAUAUCGCCCCGCGGAAUAUCGAAACAUCCCGUAAACCCACAACUGAGCCGCCGGAAAAUGAAGGGGAUCAUACGUACGACGUUGGCACCGAAUUGUUCCUGAAGGGACAAAUUAACUUCGGUGAUUACCUUGCACUCAAACCAUCAUCCAAAGAAAACCUGAUGACGUGGCCUUCUUCUCAGGUUGUCGAGCGCUUGCAGGAAGCAAUUUCAAUUCUCGGCCGGCAGGAAACGAAAGAGCAGACCGGAAAGUUCCUCUACGUUCUGCCAACCUACUAUGAUGAGCUAACGAAGAAGGAUAAUCGGUCGCCGCUUGUAUGGAACACCUCCAACGUACUGUACGAUUUCUCGUCGGUCCAGAAAACAAUGGUGAGACAGUGUGAACCGUUCUCCAACGUGAACGACAAGCUGAAGCAACUGAUUGUCAAGCUGGGCCUGGACGAGGGUGCCGUCUCGCAACAAAUUAAACAGAACGCGCUGGCCGCCAAGGCUCGGGAGGCCGCAGAAAAGUCCGCAUCCCGAAUACAGGCUAUCACAACGUUGCCGGCACGCCCGGGCCAUUCUAGGGGACGGCACAUGAUCGAGCGUGCGAUACAAACCGAAGGCUACGCGUGCGGCGAGUGUGUCGAACGCGCAAAGCAAACUUUC